AUGAGUAUGGAUGAGAGUAUUUAUUCAGGAAAUGAUGAAGUGGUGAAAGAACGCGAAGAAUCAGAGUCUUUAAAGCUUGAAGCGAUUGUGAGCUCAAAUUUUUUACUACUCCCAAGAGCUAGUGAUGCUUUUAAUAGCUCUUUAGAAAAAGGCUAUCAUCCUAGGAUACUCUUCAGUGCCCUCAAGAAAAGCCGGGAGUCAGUUAUAAACGGAAAUCUUUUUGAAAGGUUCUCUCCUAGGGAAAACCAUUACCUUUCCGGUGGUAUUCUCUAUCCUCAUCACAGGUCUUUGGGAUCUGCCACUUUAUGCGUCGGUCCUCUUCGAUUUGAAGAUACCAGAUUUACAUUUGUACAUUAUUCUAAUACUGAUAAAGAACCCUUCAAUGCCCCAAACAUAUCAUAUGUGAAUCCUCAGUAUAAUGGUUUAGACUAUAGACCAAGCCUUAAACGACAAGCUUCAUUGAUGGAUACAGGAGUAGAGGAUGUCGAUGAAAAAGAGAGAGACUACGAGAAAGAUUUACUACCACCUCCUCAAUAUAGACCCCCGUCCCCUAAGAAACCCGAAGAUUAUGAAAAUACACCUGGAGAACCUGUCGAGCCUUUAGUUACUGAUGAAUCGCUGCAGCAUCUACGAAUCCGAGCUCAGCAAGACCCUACGAUAAUGAAUAUUUUGAAAAAAAUAGCAAAGGGGCUAGGGACUCCUGAACAGUGCAUCCUUCUUCAUAACGAGCUUAUAGGACCUAGCACUUUUCCAUCACCACGACGUGCCAAAAAACCACCUCGUAAACGCAUAACUCUAACGCUAAAUCAACAUGACAAAGACGAGUUCGUAAACAGUCUUCUCAAUGACAGAAAGACAGUUCGUCAGCAUUUCGAUAUCGUUUUCCAACUCAAGGAAGCCCCUGAACAACAAUGGAUACUACCGCGCGGCUCUGUACUUUCGCAUAUGUUUAAUACUUCUACGAAAACUUUGGAUGCAUUGAAGUUGCUUUUCCAUGUAUACAAGCCUACUCAAGAACGUUCUGUGACGGACAUAAAAACCGAAAUCCAAAUCAAAGAUUUUAGUUGCACACUACGAGCAGCGAUUGAAUCUUUGGUGAGCGGAAGUCAUUCAGAACGUUUGUUAAUGGAAAAGCACCGUCGACUUUCGAUACCAGAACCAAGAUAUUAUGUACAGUAUUCUGAGCGUAAUUAA